UUCAGUUGACAACUGAAUUUGUUGCGUAAUGUAAUUUGUUAUGGUGUAUAAAUUGUAGUUUUUACAUUUUUAUCCGUUAAUUAAAGAUUUUAAUCUAUUUUAGUUAGAAAUUUGUUAAUUUAGAUGAUCUUUGAACAAGUGAGUGGCAAAUUUUCUAACUACGAGGCAGUAAUGCAAAUUGACAUAUGCGUGUAGUAUGCAUGUACGCAUAUGUGGAUAAAUAUGUUACAUAUAAUUGUAACCUAGAUUAAAUCAUUGAUUAAUCAUUAUAAUUUGUUGUAUAAGUGUAACAUAUUAUUAUUGUUUUAUCAAACUGAAUGCAAGAGAUAUAAUUAUGAUUGUAUGAGAUUGUAUGGUGACAUACAUUUGUUUAUGUUUAAAUACAAGAGGUACAUAUACACAAGUGAAAGAUGCCAGGAGAACCAUCUGUGACUACUGGAAACAAGAGCACUGGAAAAAUUAAACGUAUUUCCAUUCCAAGAGUACAAAGUAGCACAGAUACAGAAUUGCAAUCACAAAGUGGAUCUACUCCAUUGCAACCAAACGCACAGCAUUAUGCAGCUUUCCGUACAGAUCUUGAUGACAGUAUAUUACCACCAGCUUUGCGAUGUCGAUUGUUUGACUUAUUUCAGCAAAUAGAGAAAGAAUUUGAAGCUCUCUAUACUGAAAAUUUAGGAUUGCACGAGAAAAUAGACACUCUUAAUGAGAGACUUGAAAGAGAAUGUUAUGGUUCUGGGGAACGAAGCUUACCUGUUGGAGAUGUUGCAGAUUUUCCAGAUACAAAAAUCUUUUCCAAACAGAAAUCUAUGGCAGGGAAUACAGCACCAAAGACAAAAACAACUUCUAAUAAGUUGAAAGCUCAAACCAGUAAAAUAGUUUCCAGCUUUAAAACACCAACAAUGACUUGUAGCAUGCAAAGAGAAUAUUCUGGUCACCGAGACGGUGUUUGGGAAGUUACUGUUGGAAGAUCGGGUCAAAUUAUUGCAACAGCUUCUGCUGAUCACAGUGCCAGGGUUUGGGGUGUUGAUAGCGGUCGUUGUCUUUUACAAUAUAUUGGUCAUUCUGGUUCUGUUAACUCCGUGCGUUUUCAUCCGACAAAGGAAUUGGCACUUACAUCCAGCGGAGAUAAUUCCGCUCAUGUGUGGCAAGCUGCCGUUGAUUGGGACUUUCCUAAACGACAGAAUUCAUCCGAAGAUCUUUCAGGAUUGAAUACUGACAGAAAUCUUAGUAGUGCAAUCAUCACAAAUGAAGAACAGGAAGAACCACCCACUCUGAGAACUCCGGUACGAGAAUUAUUAGGUCACGUAGGUGUCGUAAUGGCAGCAGAUUGGUUACCCGACGCGGAACAAGUGGUGACUGCUUCUUGGGACAGAACUGCAAAUUUGUAUGAUGUAGAAACUGGAGAGAUUAUUCAUACGUUGUGCGGACAUGAUCAAGAACUUUCUCACGUUUCAACUCAUCAUACUCAAAGACUUUGUGUUACUUCGAGCAAAGAUAGUACUUUCCGCUUGUGGGAUUUCAGAGAACCUAUUCACUCGGUUUCCGUUUUCCAAGCACAUACCGAGACGGUAACAUCAGCUGUUUUUACGCGCGAAGAUAAAAUCGUCUCAGGAUCGGAUGAUCGAAGUGUAAAGAUAUGGGAAUUGCGAAAUAUACGAAGUCCUUUGGCUACAAUUAGAGGUGAUAGCGCUGCUAAUCGACUAGCAGUCUCAAGCACUGGCAUUGUCGCAAUACCACAUGAUAAUAGACAAAUUAGAUUGUUUGACCUUAGCGGUCAACGGUUAGCUAGAUUACCUAGAACAAGUAGACAGGGUCACCGGCGAAUGGUUUCAUCGGUGGCUUGGGCAGAAGACAGCGGAGUCUGUAAUUUGUUCUCUUCAGGUUUUGAUAGAUUAGUCCUUGGAUGGAGUAUUGUACCUCUUAAAGAAUGUUAAAUAUAUAUUACAAAUAUAAUGUAUUUAUUUAGUUUAACUUAAUGUUAUUUCAAUAUAAAUAUGAUUAUAAAACCAAACUGAAUGAAAAAUAAAUAACUAGACUAAUUGUAAAGAUUCUAAUGUUGCAGUGAAGAAGUUAAA